CUUGAACGACAAGGCCGCUGUUCCGAAGUGCGGAAGCUCGCAAGUCCACGUUAGCUUAGACCUAGUCUUCAUAAGUUGCAGAGCGAAUGACUCGCAGUUAGUUGGAAGGUUCCGAUGCACUAAUUAUCAGUUUGUGAGUUUCAUGCAAAGGAUUUGCAAGUUUGUUCAAAGGAUUAGGGUUCGCCAUGAAGACAUCUGGAAUAGUAUGCAUGAGUAGCAAGAGCGGUGGAAGAGUUGGGGUUUUCAAGGAAUGCGAUGAAACGCUCCGUAUCUAGUGCAUUGACGGAUUGUUUACACGGCCGAAAGUGUCCCGAGAAGUAGAAAAGGAUUAGCUGCAUUUUUUGUUUGGUUUUGUGCUGAGUUCGAAGCUCAAGCAUCAUGAUUGUGUGCGUAGCUGUCGUCGGACAUAAUAACCAUCCCUUGUAUUUGCAGAGUUUCAUCAGUGAGAGUAAUAUCCUAAAAUUCCACCACAUCGUUCACUGCUCCUUGGAUGUAAUCGAGGAGAAAGUCAGCAACUCUAAACAAGCUGGUAUAAAUAUCAGUGAAUCCUUCUUGGGGCUCCUAUAUCCAACAGAAGAAUAUAAAGUGUAUGGCUACAUGACUAACACAAUGAUCAAGUUUGUACUGGUGACUACUGAUCGGGAUUUGCGGGAUGCUGAUGUUCGCAAUUUAUUCCGACGCCUCCAUGCAGCGUAUGUAGAUGCAGCAUCCAAUCCCUUUCACGUACCAGGGAAGAAAAUCACAUCGUCAGUCUUUGUUGAGCGAGUUGGUAACAUGGUGAAAUCGUUUGGUGCUGGUGCUUCGGUGUAAAUUCUAUCAAAUGUUUUAAGAUUUUACAUCACAAAUUGAAGUAUUAAUACCUCGGCAAUGCUCUUAUUCGUCCUAGGGAGAUAACAGAUUAUUGCUCUCUUGAGCACGAAGUAAAAGAACUAAGAGGACAAGCCCAAGUUUCAACACUAUUCCCUUGUUGCCAUUAAUAUAUUUAUUUGAAGAAACUGUGGUGUUAUCCUAAAAUCAGGUUCUUUCAAAAGUGAACAUCGAGGCUUCUUUAAAAUGUUAGGCAUUGAAAUGUUUGGUGAUUGCUUGAUUCAAAGAUGCAGUUGUCAAAUCGUCAGAGUGGAGACCACGGGCGGGCUUGGUGUUUCAACCGAAAAUGAACAGAACUGCUCAUGAUAGAUGGAGACUGCCAAAAAUAUCUCAAUGUAGUUGACAAAUAUUUACAAGUGUUUCUUUGGGGUCAUCUCUACGCCCAUUUGUUAAACGCAAAAAUGGACGCUGCGUAUUCGUACGCAUUACUCAUAAUGAAUUUGCUGGCUGUCAUCAUCAAAGUCACAGUCAUUUCCAUUUCCAAA